GUGCACAACACACACUCUACGAUUCCAAAGGACCGGAGAUUGGGAUGCCAAGAUUCACCAUGAGAUCUGACUUGUGGAGGGACUUCAGUCUGCGCUGUUAUUCUUGGAGGACUGAGGAAAUGAAGGCAUAUCCUCCCUGCCCUUAAGAGUAUGCACCUGAAGACACCUUUCAGGAGCAGGCCCAAAUUUGGGUUUCCUGGACCACUCUGGGGCUUUGACUGAUGAAAUAAGUGAGCCACAAGCAUUCAGCUUGAACCUGCCAAAGAUCCAGCAACUUGUUACAGAGCCCUCCUGUGGCGAGAGAUUGCUGCCCUUCAGGAGACUGUGAGGGCUGCUGAAGAUGUCCGAUAGUCUGGAUAUUGAAGAGAAACCUCCAGCUCCACCGUUGAGAAUGAACAGCAACAAUCGUGAUUCUUCAGCACUAAACCACAGCUCAAAACCACUUCCCAUGGCCCCUGAGGAGAAGAACAAGAAAGCCAGGCUGCGCUCCAUCUUUCCAGGAGGAGGGGAUAAAACCAACAAAAAGAAAGAGAAGGAACGUCCUGAGAUCUCUCUUCCUUCAGACUUUGAACACACCAUUCAUGUGGGAUUUGAUGCCGUCACUGGAGAAUUCACAGGCAUUCCAGAGCAGUGGGCCAGGCUACUACAGACAUCCAACAUAACAAAACUGGAACAAAAGAAGAACCCACAGGCUGUUCUUGAUGUUCUCAAGUUUUAUGAUUCAAAAGAAACAGUUAACAACCAGAAAUACAUGAGCUUUACGUCAGGAGAUAAAAGCGCCCAUGGAUACAUAGAAGCCCAUCCAUCGAGCACAAAAACAGCAUCAGAACCUCCUCUGGCUCCCUCUGUAUCUGAAGAAGAGGAUGAAGAUGAUGAAGAGGAGGAAGAUGACAAUGAACCUCCACCUGUUAUCGCCCCACGACCUGAACACACAAAAUCAAUCUACACACGCUCUGUUAUUGAACCUGCUGCUGCACCAGCACCAGCUAAAGAAGCCACCACUCCCCAACCUGAAAACUCAAACACAAACACUCUGUACAGAAACACGGACCGGCAGCGAAAAAAAUCCAAGAUGACAGAUGAAGAGAUCCUAGAGAAACUGAGGAGCAUUGUGAGCGUGGGGGAUCCUAAGAAGAAGUACACUCGAUUUGAAAAAAUUGGCCAAGGGGCUUCAGGAACUGUUUAUACAGCAAUUGACAUUGCCACAGGACAAGAGGUGGCCAUAAAGCAAAUGAAUCUCCAACAGCAGCCCAAAAAGGAGCUAAUUAUCAAUGAAAUCCUGGUCAUGAGGGAAAAUAAGAAUCCCAAUAUCGUUAACUAUUUAGACAGCUACCUUGUUGGUGAUGAACUGUGGGUGGUGAUGGAAUACUUGGCUGGAGGCUCUUUAACCGAUGUUGUCACCGAGACAUGUAUGGAUGAAGGACAGAUAGCUGCUGUCUGUCGGGAGUGCCUGCAAGCCCUGGAUUUCCUUCAUUCCAAUCAAGUGAUCCACAGAGACAUCAAAAGCGACAAUAUUCUUCUUGGGAUGGACGGAUCUGUCAAAUUGACUGAUUUUGGCUUCUGUGCUCAGAUCACCCCUGAGCAGAGUAAACGGAGCACAAUGGUGGGGACUCCUUACUGGAUGGCACCAGAAGUUGUAACAAGAAAAGCAUAUGGCCCCAAAGUGGACAUCUGGUCACUUGGGAUCAUGGCAAUAGAAAUGGUGGAAGGAGAACCUCCUUACCUUAAUGAAAAUCCUCUCAGGGCAUUGUAUCUGAUAGCUACAAAUGGGACACCAGAGCUGCAGAACCCAGAGCGACUCUCAGCUGUGUUCCGAGACUUUCUUAACUGCUGCCUGGAGAUGGAUGUGGACAGACGAGGGUCUGCCAAGGAACUUUUGCAGCAUCCAUUUUUAAAAUUAGCCAAGCCGCUCUCAAGCCUGACUCCUCUGAUCAUUGCAGCAAAGGAAGCAAUUAAGAACAGCAGCCGCUAGCACUGCAGGUCGGCUUUCUGCCCUGCCAGCUCAGAGCAGGACUGAGAACACAAACUCUGUAAAACCUCAACUCUCAUGCUGCGGGACAGAUGGAUGGAUGAACAAACCAACAGUCACAGUCAUGGUGGUAGGACCACCCCAGUUCCUCAAGGAGUAAAAAAUUGUCAUUUGUCUUCUUCCUGCUUUCUGGCUCCUUAAUUUAUUUUUAAGAUGAAUCGGGGCUAAGGACAGAGAGGUAAUGACAGAAAAUGCUUUGCUGCCUCAACCAUUUCCAAGGUAAAGCAAAUUCAGUUGGAAGAUUCCCUUCCUUCUCACCCUGUGAAUAAGCUGUACAUUCACUUUUAAAUUGUCUGUUCUUUCUUAACGAUGUAAAGUCAUGUUUAUGGGGUUUUUGGUAUGGUUUGGAAUUGGAGAAAGGCAAUUUUACAUUCAUCAACUCCAGACUGCCUUUUGAAUAUGGCCCACUUGCCAGUUUUUGCCCAGUUGUGGUACUUCUACAUGAAGAAGAAAGUGCAAUUGCAUUUCCAGCCGGAAAGGAAUGAAGAGUGGGUCAGACAAAACAUCCUGUGGAGAUACAGGCAUUCAGCUGGGACUGUGUAGUGGUUCAGUUCUUGCCAAUUGGAUUUGUACCCCUAACUGCAAUCUCUUUGCCUGGGUGAGAGUCUUAUGCAGCUGAAACAGCAGAAAGAUUGGUCGAUGUGCCCCAGACAGGUUUGUCUGAUGCAAAGCUGUCAGAGCAAUGUGAGGGGAGAGUGGGCCCAGCUGUGCUCAGGGCUGAUCACCAGUAGAGCCCUAGCAGAGCCCAGAGCAGCCUGAGCAUCUGCAGAGCCAGGCUCUGGAAGCGACAAGUGGCAGCAGCCUGGCUGUGGGUGCCUCUUCCUGAGAGAUGACUAAUCCUCCUGUCUCAGAGCCAAAUUGGGUGGGGGCUGUUCUCCAGGGAAAUCGUGGCCAUGCUAAGAAAUGUGCAGCCUGGUGGGAUUGACAUCCUGAGUCUGAAGAAGUAGAGAAGAGCAAACAGAGCAGAGCGGUGGUGUUGCUUCUGAGGGUGCCUGUUCUCUUAGCUGUCUUGUAGCUCCUGGGAAAGGUUUGUAGUGCCUGCAGAAUUCUCGGCAGAGGGGGACGGAAUCAGGCUGCUCUGCAGGCUCCUGCACAGGUGAGUGUCCUUUAGGCGCAGAAGUUCCGCCCUGGGAACCAAAGCUGACGCCGAGAGCAACCUGCACAGUUCAGAUCUGCAGGAGCCAGUGCAGCAGCCAGCUCUGGAAGAAAGCGCCUUAAAACCUGGAGUUGUGCACUGAGCAAGAACAAAGGUGUGAAAUUCAAAGUGGAUUGCAGAAUUACUUGGAUGCAUCAGGCCAGCCUGGUUUUUGCUAUCCUACAUUUGGCAAGCACUGCACAAUGAAGCUCUUGAGUUGCUGCAGGAGAGGUAACUGGGGAUGUGCCUGAGGAUUGUGCUUGAUUAGCAGAU